AUGAGAGUAUUGACCUUUCUGUUGACCGUGCUUUUACUCUCAGUCCAGGGAGAUGCAACUGACAGUUCGUACGGUAGUGAAACGUAUAAUAAUACGUUUGCGGUAUGUUCGGACUCCGUAAUCAUCGUAGAACAGAUGUCGAUCGUCUGCGACAGUCCUGGGGCUUACUAUUACGGAAGUAAGAAUUACCGCAACUCAGCAACAUGUCGCGCCAAUGAUAAGGCUCGACUGCAGCUACUCUUGCAAAUUACGCAGAAUUUGGAGGUAGACUCGUACAUUGAGUUGUAUGUAAAAGGGUACGGUACCGUGGAGGACGCAACACUAUAUUCGAGCGAUCCUUUGUGUGACACAUUGACACCAGCAAGUGGGAAGGUAUGCCCUUCUGCAGGCUAUUACAAGUUAUCGGAAUCUUUCUGGUGGGGAAGUCAGAGCGACAGCUACAAUUACACAUUUACUCCUCACGUGACUCUCGGAAUGAAGUCUAAGAAGAGCAAGAACAACUACGAUCUCGGUGGAGCAAACACUGAUCGUUGUUCGGGGAAUACAUUUGUCAACUGGACUACAGGUGUACGGAAGUCUGCGUCCAAUACACUGUUUUCAUUUUUCGUGACUUUUGGAAUUUUACUUGUGAGCGUCCUUUCCAUACUAGCGAUGGGCUACUUCAUUUUGCGUCAGUCCAAAGCAAAAUCGACAGCACUCUUAGAAGAAGAAGAGGACAACAAAAACAACGAAUAUCACAAAAUCGCCAUGCUUGGGAAUAACAAGACUCUCGUCAACGUCUAA